GUGAAGGAAGCUGCAGCCCAUGUUAGGAAAUGUUGUCCGUGGGGCGCUGCUGUAGCCGGAGGAAUUACAGUCAGCUCGACAGCUCAGCGUGCUGGUCGCACAUUGGAUUAACUCGCGGGAACGGAUUGUAAUAUAUAUAAAAAAGAAGAAGCACUCUCCAUCAUGGCUCAAGCGAAAAUACAAGCGAAGAUGAACGAAUCUGUUUGCAGCAAGUUCAGCAGGACUUUGUCCAUGGCAGAUCGCGCGGGGCAACUCUUGGAAAGUUUGGAUCAGCUGGAAAUAAGGGUGGACGCUUUACGCGAAGCAGCAUCUGCCAUGGAGCAGGAAAGGGAGUGCAUCCUGGAAAUGAUUCAGUCCAUACAGAACAGUCAAGAAAUGCGUAACAUCUGCGCGGGAGAGAGAGAGGAGUUGACUUUAACUGCUAACCGCCUGAUGGGCCGGACUCUGUGUGUGGAGAUCUCUGUCGGUACCAUCAGAAACCUUCAGCAGGAGGACGCGCUGCGUAAGGCCACAUCCAUGAUAGAUGAAAUAGUGAAGAAGUUACUGGACGACGUGGAAGGUGGUCGGCAGCAGCUGCUGGCCUUGCAUGCGGCCUGUGUGACGGAAGCGCCGCCCGUCCCCACUGACCAGAAGUUUCAGGCUAUAGUGAUAAGCUGUGCUUUGGAGGACCAGAAGAGGAUCAAGCGGAGGCUGGAGACUCUGUUGAGGAACGUUGAAAAUGCUGAAAAGAACAUCAAGAUUAUGGAUAACCAAAAACUCGACGACAAGCAAGCCAAUGGGAGUCAUUAAGACAUUUCACCCAAAACACAAAGUGUGUCUUUAAUACCACUAAUCUCACAUAGAACCAAUGUAAUUCUACACACAUUUAUUAAUGUUUUUGACGGCGUCCUGAUGUAGCAGCAAGGAAGAUGCCCAUGGAAAAUGUACAAUGAUACUAAACCUUGAAAGAAAAGAAAAAAAAACCCUUCAGAUUGCUGUUAUUCACAUUGACCAGCUUAAUUUUGAUUGGAUAAUGUGUAUUGCAGUAUAUUAUGCAUGUUUACUAAUGUACUUAAGUAAGGCAGAAAAAGAUUUAAAGCUCAAUUUCCAGUUUGAGUGUAGUUUGUAAGGAAGUGUAAAACCAACAAUCAGUUUAGGGCAUUUAAUAAUUAAGUAGGUAACAAACUUAUAAUAAUGCAGCAACUACAACCAAAGUUAUAAUUGCAGUUGAAUACCAUGAUCAGGUUGCUCACACUGGUCUGUACGAGUAGAAUAAUACAGAAUCUACUGAUGGAUUGUGUGUUUGAAUUAUUUUGCCUCACCUAUUAGGUUAAAUGUUUGAAAGGAUUGGAUGUGCAUACACUACCUCUUUCUGAGAACACUUGUCAUUUAAAGUUUUGUAUCUGAGUUCAUGUUUUCACAAUGCAGUUUUUAUGUGCUAAUAAAAACAUUGUCUAAAAUA